AAUUCUUUGGAAGAUCAAAAUUUUUGGUAGUUUGUCGUUGGGAAGUGUAACUCUUUCAUUGUUAUUGAAUGCAGGUUACCCUUCUUGUUCAGAAGAUAAGAGCUUUUUGCAGAAGACAUGGCCAAGCACCAUCCUGAUUUGAUUAUGUGCAGGAAGCAGCCAGGUAUUGCCAUUGGACGAUUGUGUGAGAAAUGUGUGAUUUGUGACUCGUAUGUUCAUCCGUGCACACUCAUACGGGUUUGUGAUGAAUGCAACUAUGGGUCCUUUCAGGGUCGUUGCGUUAUCUGUGGAGGAGUGGGGAUUUCUGAUGCCUUCUAUUGCAAAGAGUGCACACAGCAGGCGAAAGACCGGGAUGGUUGUCCAAAAAUUGUCAAUUUGGGGAGUGCUAAGGCAGAUCUGUUUUACGAAUAUGGUUUCAAGAAAAGAUGA